UCCAUAGGCAAGUGGAUUGGUCUUCUGUUGCCUGUCUCUCUCGCUCUCUCUCUCUCUCUCGUUUCGAAGAACAAAAACACAACCGAGUCAACUCGGAGGUGACGACCCGCCAAUUUAUUAAAAAAAAAAAAUCAUCACCUUCGUCUCCUCCGUCAAAAAACCCUAGAAUUGACAUUGCUCCGUAUCAGAACCAAUUCCCCUCGUCCUCAAAGUCAACGCAUUACUCACCGUCGGUGACCAAUCGGCCAGAAAUCUCACAUCUUGGUUGAUCGAUUGGUAGUUCCGGCGAGUCUGGUGGGUGUUGUUAGGGGGUUUGUCGGUUCCGGGCAGCUACGCAAUGUCGUCGGAGAUCGAGGUCGUCGAGGAGGUCCAGCAACCGGCAGGUUCCGGUGCUUCUGGGGAGAAUCAGGUCGACUCGGACAGUCUGAAGAACGACGUGUACACGGCGGCAGCUUAUGGGGACAUUGAGAAGAUGCGGAGGUUGGUGGAGAGUGAGGGGGCCUCGGUGGCGGAGCCCGAUGGUCUCGGCUAUUAUGCGUUGCAGUGGGCUGCUCUCAACAACAAGACCGUCGUUGCUCAGUACAUCAUCGAGCACGGAGGAGAUGUAAAUGGGGCAGAUCAUACUGGGCAGACUGCUUUACACUGGAGUGCAGUUCGAGGUGCAAUCCAGGUGGCAGAACUUUUACUUCGAGAGGGUGCUCGAGUUAACGCUGCUGAUAUUUAUGGGUAUCAGGCAACGCAUGUUGCAGCUCAAUAUGGUCAGACUGCUUUCCUUUAUCACCUAGUUUCCAAAUGGAAUGCUGAACCUGAUGUUCCUGACAAUGAUGGAAGAACCCCUUUACACUGGGCCGCUUAUAAAGGUUUUGCAGAUUGCAUACGUCUUCUUUUAUAUCUGGAUGCUUAUCGAAUACAACAAGAUAAGGAGGGCUGUACUCCGCUCCAUUGGGCUGCUAUUAAGGGUAAUCUAGAGGCAUGCACUGUGUUAGUACAGGCUGGGAAGAAGGAGGAUUUGAUGUUGACCGAGAGUACUGGCCUUACCCCAGCACAACUUGCAUCAGAGAAGAAUCAUAGACAAGUCGCCUUUUUCCUCGGUAAUGCUAGAAGGCUACUUGAUAAGCACUGUGAUGGGAACAGCCGAUUUGGGUAUCUCACCAAGUUGGGACUUGCACCUCUACUCUGGCUCACUAUUCCUCUAUUGCUGAUAAUUUAUACUCACUCUGUUAUCUCGGCAUCAAAUUUACCAAAGUUAACAGCUGGUAUGGCCCUUUUCGCAUGGUCUGGUGUUUUCCUUGCAAGUGCAGGGCUUGUCAUGUUUUACAGAUGCAGCAGGAGAGACCCAGGUUUUAUCAGAGCGAACUCACAUGAUCAGCAAAAUAUGAAAGAUGAUGAGCCACUUUUAAAGAUUGAGAUAAAUCAUCCUGCUUUGCUUGCUGGGAACUGGAGUCAGCUCUGUACAACCUGCAAGAUUGUGAGACCUCUUCGUGCAAAGCACUGCUCCACUUGUGGUCGCUGUGUAGAACAAUUUGACCACCAUUGUCCUUGGGUAUCCAACUGUAUUGGAAAGAAAAACAAAUGGGAUUUCUUGUUGUUUCUCGUUCUGGAAGUUGCUGCAAUGGUUGUAACUGGUGCUGUUGCCCUUGCAAGAGUCUUGGCAGAUCCUACUGCUCCAUCGAACUUCUUUUCAUGGUUGAAUCAUGCUGGGACCCACCAUCCUGGUGCUAUCGCAUUUUUCAUGGCAGAUUUUUUCCUUUUCUUUGGAGUGGCGGUUUUAACCAUUGUCCAAGCAUCUCAGAUAUCUCGGAAUAUCACGACAAAUGAGAUGGCAAAUAUGAUGCGAUAUAGCUACCUCAAGGGCCCAGGCGGGUGGUUCAGGAACCCGUAUGAUCAUGGUUGCAAGAAAAACUGCUCCGAUUUCCUGAUCAACGGCUAUAACGAAGAUAUAGAGUACAAUGAGGACUCUUCUCAACCUGAGGGCAUAGGGAUGAUGGACAUUGGGAGGAAUUCGGGGCUUCAGAAUGGUGAAGCUCGUUCUCCUCGAGCCAAUGGGAACGGCCAUGUUUCCAUAAACAGCAACUCUUCAAACACGAAGAGUAGUCAUAAUCAUCACCAUCAUGGUCAAACCCGUUGUUCCAGUUGCAGCCAUGGGAAGCCCAAAACAGAGAACAUGCCUCUGGGUUUGGGCCUGGGCCUAGGACGGAGCGGCUCUCGCUCAGUUGCAGCCUUGUGACCAAGUCAUUAUAGCAUGAAACCCGCUUCCAAGUUUGUUUGUCUUCUGUACCAUACACAUACAGAAGUUGCUAGCUCCUGUAAUUUGAUGGCCAUCUGUGAUCUAUUCUUAAUGGGGAAAGCUGCACGCGCCUCUUCGAUUGUGUUGUACACGUAUCCCUCUGUUCGCUUAGCGAACAAUUUUUUUGUUUGUGAAUCCAAAGGCAGCUAAUCUCUCGGUUUUUAGUUAAUGCUGAAAUAGUCGUCCUCGAAGAAUCUUGUAAAAUAUUGAUAUGGUUUGGCCUUUGAGGGCAUGAUAUAUUACCUUUUGUGCAGUAUGUGUUUAGUGCUGCAGCUUUGUCAUA